CUGUUGGUGUUGUGAAACAUCGCAAUUGGCGUUUGUAAACAAAUUGUUUUCUGUGAAAAAUCUUGCUUUUUCCCCAGCAAAAACCGGGAAAUUCCUGCAAUGUGCGGUCGAACAUGCUUAACUCUCAGUCCCGAAGGCGUUUGUCGAGCCUGUCGCUACGCCCCAAAAGGGGGCAAAGGGGCGAAACAGCAGCCUCUGUGGCGAUCAGAGUACAACCAGGGGAAGGCCUACUCUCCGUCCUACAACAUCGCGCCCACUGACAUGACGCCCGUCCUGGUUUCUCAGCAGCACUUCGAGGAGGACGCCGCGGCGGGAGUGCGCGUCCUGGUGCCCAUGAUGUGGGGCAUCGUGCCGUUCUGGCACAAGGGCGAGUACAACACCCACGGAUUGACCACCAACAACUGCCGGCUGGAGAGCCUGAUGACGUCCAAGCUGUACAAGCGCUCCUUCACCAGCGGCCAACGCUGCGUGAUCGUCUGCGAAGGAUUCUACGAGUGGCAGACGACGAAGAAGGCUCGUUCCUCAGAGCGGGACGUGUUCUUCAUCCACAGCCCCCAGGCGGAGGGCGUGAAGAUCGAGGACAAGUCCACGUGGGAGCCCGAGCAGGUGGAUUUGCUGAAGAUGGCCGGAAUUUACGACGUCUGGAGCAGCAACAGUGGCGACACGCUCUUCAGCUACACCGUCAUCACGUUCCAGUCGAACGAGAAGCUCUCCUGGAUGCACGAUCGCAUGCCGGCGAUCCUGGACAGUGAGGAGAAGGUGGCAGAUUGGCUGGACUUUAAGAGAGUCGGCCCGGAGGACGCUCUGAAGCUGCUGAAGCCCACUGAGAAGAUCACAUGGCAUCAAGUGUCCAAAUAUGUCAACAGCUCCCGGAACAAGGGUGAGGAGUGCAACAAACCCAUCAAGGAGGAGCGCAAGAGUCCGAUCAAGAGCAAAAUGAUGCAAUCUUGGCUGGGGAAAUCGCAGAAAAUCAAGUCGCCGAAGGAAGAAGAAUCAGAUUCGGGAAGUGAGGCGAAGAAGCCAAAAUUGGAAGCUCCAGAGUAAUUCUGGUACAUCCUGAGCACCACAAGUUCAAGAAUACGGGUUAUUUUCAUCAAUUUGCGAAUAAAAAUUCAUGUUUU